GAACUUGCAACAGGACAUUUACUUGUAUCUAUAGUAAUGGAAAAUGCUCUGACAGUUGUAACUAUGGAUGCUGCUGAGUAUUUUAUCUUCUUAGGUGCUAUCAACGGAAAUAUUUAUCAAAUCAAUCUAUUUUCUUUUAUAAAAAAUGGUGAAAUGCAUUUAGAAAAAGAAGAAGAAGAAAACAUUUUUAAAGGACAUCGCAAGCAAGUUACAUGUUUGUCAGUGUCAUUGGACGGACAGAUUUUGCUUUCCGGUUCUGACGACGAAACUGCAAGACUGUGGAGUAUUCAGAGCAAGCAAUGCAUAAGAAUAUUUGAACAUAAAGGUCCUGUUACAAAUGCUCUUUUAAUUAGAGCUCCGAGCAAUUAUGCUAAAUCAAGAUUACCUGUGAGCGCUUUUCAGAGACAGCUCUAUAAGCUGAAUGAAGAAAUGGAAGAGAAUCAAACACAAAGAAGGAAAACAGUUGUUCAAAUUAAAAAACAUGAACCGUCGGAGGUUAUAAAAGAAAAUGAAAUAUAUUUUCCAGAAUGUAGAGAUUUUCGAACGAGAAGCGACAUCCAGAGCAAAGAAGAAGUAAUUAAAGAAAAUAAAAAAUUAUUAGAGAUGAAUCGUCAGUUAUAUUUGUAUUCGAUUGAUACGAUAAUCUAUUUUAAACAUUUAAUAAUCUGCGUAUGCGGAUAAUGUCAACGGUCGUAACAGGGAAACGUUUGGAUAAAAUUCACCCGAUUAAUGUUAUAUGGAAAUGUGUAUUUAUGUUUCCAUUCCUUUGGAAAAUGAAAGUUUGUAUCACAUUUGCUUUAUUGCUCUUUGAUGACGAUGCAAUCUGUCUUGAGCAC